GGGUGUAGUCGUACCCGCCACUCCCAAUAUUUAAUCACCGCCAACCUUGUACUCGACUUCACCACAACAACAUCAAAUACUCCAGAACAAAUUCAAUCAUGAAGUUUUCCAUCAGCCUUGUUACUCUGCUCUUCAGCAGCACUUUUGUCGCUGCAAGCCCUCUUUUCAGUAACGGUCAAACCGUCCUGGGAGGCAAUAUGGAUGUUCCUGGAAACAACCCUCUCAGCUACUGCAACCCCGAUCGUUCAACGGAUAUCCUGACGCUCGAUCACGUCAAUCUGAAUCCCAACCCUCCACUUGCUGGGGGAAAACUUACCAUCGAAGCGGCCGGCAAGUUGUCGCAGAAGUUGGAGGAGGGCGCAUAUGUUCGCUUGCAGGUCAAGUAUGGCUUGAUUCGACUUAUCAGCAUGACAGAGGAUCUGUGCAAGCAAGUAUCGAACGUAGAUUUGAGUUGCCCGAUUGAUGCUGGAGACAUUACAAUCACAAAAGAAGUUGAAUUACCUAGCCAAAUUCCUCCGGGAACUUACACCGUCUUCGCUGAUGCAUUCACUGCGGAUGACGAACCAAUUACUUGCUUAAAAGCAACAGUUACGUUUGCACGUUAGACAAACCCGAUACUAGAUAAUAGCUGCACAAUACCCUCAAAUUGUACUUAGGAUUUCGCGAAGAGCAGAAAUUUGCAUGUGGACUGUAUCAAGUCGAUAAAUAAUGGUGGUGGAUAAAGGAGUUUACUUUUUGGGAAUCCCUCGCCCUGGACCAUGACAGAUACCUCUGAUCACGGUAUCUUUUAUUUGCUUUUGGGUGCGCUGGUUUCAUAAGAACUAACUAUACGAGAAUUAACGAAUGGGAUUAAUAUGAGAGUCUAUAAUUUGAUGUCUUGCUCAACCAAUUCAUUACAUGCUAGUCAUCACAUGACAAAUGCCUAAAUCUUGGUGGCUUA